AAUGACAUUAAGGAAUCAUUCAUUGAAAUCGUUGACAAAUAUAAAUGGAUGAGCGAUGGAGUGAAGUCCAAAGCAAAUGAAAAAAUAAAAUUAAUGAAAUUGGGAAUAGGAUUUCCACAGGAUGUGCGGGAUGACAACCAAAUGGACAAUUGGCUCACUACCGAGAUCUCCAGAAAAGACUAUUUUGAGAAUACUUUACGAUUAAAUCGAUUCUCUGUUGACAAACAAAUGGAAAAAUUAUUUAUUAAUAAAAUUAAUAAUAACAUAAAUGUGAAUCUAGAAAGAGGUGUAAAUCCCGCUGACAUUAUCAUCAAAUACAGAGGCGAAGACAACACUUUAUUAAUAUCUAAUCUCAUAAUCAACGGCUUAUACAGGGAAGAUGUGCCGAUGUCACUGAAUUUUGGAUCGUUUGGUGUAUUAAUAAGUGAACAGAUGCUCAAUAUAUUGAGUGAAGUCGGGCGUCUAUACGAUGAAAAUGGUGUGUAU